AUGAGCCGCACCGCCUACACUGUGGGAGCCCUGCUUCUUCUCUUGGGGACCCUGCUGCCUGCUGCUGAAGGGAAAAAGAAAGGGUCCCAAGGUGCCAUCCCCCCACCAGACAAGGCCCAGCACAAUGACUCAGAGCAGACUCAGUCGCCCCAGCAGCCUGGCUCCAGGAACCGGGGGCGGGGCCAAGGGCGGGGCACAGCCAUGCCCGGGGAGGAGGUGCUGGAGUCCAGCCAGGAGGCCCUGCAUGUGACCGAGCGCAAAUACCUGAAGCGAGACUGGUGCAAAACCCAGCCGCUCAAGCAGACCAUCCACGAGGAGGGCUGCAACAGCCGCACCAUCAUCAACCGCUUCUGCUACGGCCAGUGUAACUCCUUCUACAUCCCCAGGCACAUCCGGAAGGAGGAAGGCUCCUUUCAGUCCUGCUCCUUCUGCAAGCCCAAGAAAUUCACCACCAUGAUGGUCACCCUCAACUGUCCCGAACUACAGCCACCUACCAAGAAGAAGAGGGUCACACGAGUGAAGCAGUGUCGUUGCAUAUCCAUCGAUUUGGAUUAAGCCAAAUCUGGGCACACCCCGCCUGUCCCAGGGAUGCAGCCCCAGGCAGGCCCAGAGCCAGACCUAAAACAACCCCAUUCUUACUUGGCUUAACCCUAGAGGCCGGAAGAACCACCAGCUGCCUCCCGCAGGAGCCUGCUUGUGCGUAGUUGUGUGCGUGAGUGUGCAUGGGUGCCUGUAGGUGUUUUCAGACACCAGAGGAAACACAGCCUCUGCUAGAGGGCACUUCCAAUUAUGUAAACGUCACUGCUUUGACUGGGAAGGUACAGGAAGCCCACACCACCCUAUCCACAUCCAAAAGGGCGAGCCAUGGACUGGUUUUACCUUUGUCAUCCAUGUGCCCUUCUUGGGGAUCAGGAUCUCCCAUCAGAAUGAAUGUUAAUGGAAGAGGCUACUCUGAGGGCCAGAGACCUGUUUUAGUGCUGCAUUAAACUUGGAAAAGUUCUUUUAACUUGUGCUUGCUUCCUCCCU